CAGAGACUGAGAGAGACAGAGAAGCACGAUGGCUGCAUUCACAUGGAUUCAAAUGUCUUCAUUACUGACACUGAUGCUUCAGUUUAAAGGAACAACUGAGCAACAUCAAACUGUUCAAACUGUCACAGCUGAACGUGGACAUGAUGUUACUCUGUCUUGUAAAAAUGUGAUACAAGGUCAGCAUAACUGUAUCAGUACUACCUGGAUCUUCAGUGAUUCAAGCAGCACAGUAACACUCUUUGAACUUGGGCAGAUUAAAGAAGCCAAACCUAAACCAGACAGACUGAGUCUUUCUGCAGACUGUUCUCUGGUUAUAAAGAAGGUCACAGAUCAGGAUGUUGGUCAUUACACCUGCAGACAGUUCAAAACAGCAACAGGAUCACAAGAAUAUUCAGACAUUAUGAUUGAUCUGUCUGUUAUUAACAAUGUGAAAACAACAACAUCAACAAUUAAACCAACCGUGAAAAUAAACACAUUGACAACAAAAGAGGAAGUAAAGACAUCGCUGACAACAACAUCAAAUCAACCAGACGAUUGUCUGUAUUUGCUGAGAUGUAUCAUUGUGUCUGUGGGUUUAGCAGCACUCUUAAUAUCUGCUGUUACAGUCAACAUGUGGACAAAAACUAAAGGAGCUUAAUGAUGAGGGUGAAGAUGGAGUGAACUAUGAAAACAUUGGAGACUCUUCUGCUUCUGUCAGACUCCACUGAUCAACAACUCAAACAUCACCUUGUGACAAAAAUGAGCCCAUUGCUGUUGAAACACUGUGUGUGUGUGUGUGUGUGUGUGUGUGUGUGUGUGUGUGUGUGUGUGUGUGUGUGUGUGUGUGGCUGGGUCUAAGUCUGAGACUUGCUGAGCUCUGUGGGACAUUGUUAUGAUGGGUGAGGGUUGCUCCUCCCUACCACUCCCUGCUGGUCACUGUUCUUGAGAACUUUUAGGAACUCUUUCUGGGGCCUCCCUCCUCCUUCUGCACAUGGUUGUCAUCUGGACGUGUGGGCUUGGGUCUCAAGUACUCCUGGGGUGCUUUGGAUGGCCCUGCUGAACUGGAUUGUUCUUCGUCUACUUCUGGGUCCAGGGGUGUUGUUGUGGCCCCUGACCCUCAUUAUUAAGUCCGUUUUGUGACACACACACACACACACACACACACACACACACACACACACACACACACACACACACACACACAUUUAAAGCAAAAUUGACCAUGUACAUGUGUGUCUUUGUAUUUUCCUGAUGUGCUGUUUGCUUUUUAUAUAUAUAUAUAUUUUUUUACAGUUUUCUUACAGGUGCAACAGUUGGUGAUCUGCUGAGCUUAACUAUGAGUGCUUUGUACUUUUAUUUGUCUCUUUUCUAAGAUUUUCUCUGCUUUUUAUUUUUUGUGUCACUCUCUUUUUCCCCUGUCUUCUCUUUACCCCUUCUUACCUUUCAUUGCCUGUCAGCUCUUGUAUUGCUAAAUUACACAUAAACAAAGUGAAUAAGAAUGAAAAUAAAUAAAAGCAAAAAAGAAAGAAAAACUAAGAACGGAAGGCUACAGACAUUUCAUAUAGCUCCUUUGGGCAAAACAAAUGAGUUUGGCACAACAGAGCAUUCAGAUCAUGUUUCUCCUGUCAGAAAAGAGGUUUCAAAAAAGGAACAAAAAAAAAGUUUUGAUUUUAUCUCAUGUUUAGCUAAAACCUUUUUCAUGUGCAGUUAGAUUUGUUUUUAGAUAAAUCUAACUUAAAACAAUAUUUUAUCCUUCAUUUAGUUAUGAUAAACAGGAUCUUUUGUUGUGUAAAUCUGCAGCUGCUGAUGUUUACUGAAGGUAAAACAG